CUCCCAUAUUCCACGAAGGCUAUAAAAAUGAAGCAGAAAAAGCUUACACUCGAGCUAAGUCGGCGGAGUUGCAGGACGGGAGCUUCUGAGGGAGUAGUUGGAGGCGGAAGGAAGUGCAAAUUGGAAUCCCAACAACUCGCGCUUCAACAUCCUGUAACUCACAUUUUUGACUCCCGACCCCACAGUCCAAUCUAUGCAGCGCUUCUUCAAGCAGGUCCUCGUCUGAGAAACCUUCAACAAGUUCAUGCCCAUAUCAUUGUUUCCGGAUUCCAUAGAAGUCGAUCACUUCUCACCAAGCUUCUUUCACUGGUUUGUGCCGCUGGUUCAAUCACGUAUGCUCGUCGGUUGUUGCCCACUGUCCCAAAUCCUGAUUCAUUCCUGUUCAAUUCCCUUCUCAAAGCGACUUCCAAGUAUGGGUUUUCUGUUGAUGCCGUCCUGUUUUACCGUCAUAUGCUCUUCUUGGGUGUUUCCCAGUCGAAUUAUACAUUUACGUCUGUUAUCAAAGCCUGUGCUGAUCUUUCAGCUCUCAGGUUGGGUAGAGAAAUUCAUUCUCACGUUGUGGUUUCUGGUUAUGGAUCUGAUAUGUACGUUCAGGCUGCACUAAUUGCUCUCUAUGCCAAAGCUGGUGAUAUGAAAGUCGCCCAGAAGGUGUUUGAUGAAAUGCCCCAAAGAACAACUAUAGCUUGGAAUUCACUUAUAUCAGGGUACGAGCAGAAUGGAUUACCAGCGAAAUCAAUCGAUUUAUUUAAUCCGAUGAUAGGGUCAGGCUUUCAACCUGAUUCAGCUACAGUAGUAAGCUUAUUGUCUUCCUGUUCUCAGCUAGGAGCUCUUGAUUUCGGAUGCUGGUUGCAUGAUUAUGCCAAUAGUAAUAGUUUCAAUCUGAACGUGGUUCUUGGUACUUCAUUGAUUAACAUGUACACUAGAUGUGGGAAUGUAAGCAAAGCGCGGGAAGUUUUUGACUCCAUGAAGGUAAGGAAUGUUGUUACUUGGACAGCCAUGAUUUCAGGGUAUGGGAUGCAUGGUUAUGGUGAGCAAGCAAUGAAGCUUUUCAAUGAAAUGAGAGCUUAUGGUCCUCGCCCUAACAAUAUCACAUUCGUUGCUGUCUUGUCUGCAUGUGCUCAUUCAGGGUUGAUUGAUGAUGGUCGUCAGGCAUUUUCAAGCAUGAAGGAAGUAUAUGGGUUAGUUCCAGGAGUAGAACAUCAUGUCUGCAUGGUAGAUAUGUUUGGACGUGCUGGAUUGCUCAAGGAUGCUUAUCAAUUCAUUAGAAAAUUUCUUCCUGAAGAGCCAGGCCCAGCAGUUUGGACUUCAAUGCUUGGGGCUUGCAGAAUGCAUAAAAAUUUUGACCUUGGAGUUAAGGUUGCAGAACAUGUUUUAGCAGUUGAACCAGAAAACCCUGGUCAUUAUGUAAUGCUUUCUAACAUAUAUGCAUUGGCCGGUAGAAUGGAUCAAGUAGAGAUGGUGCGAAACAUGAUGGUUAGACGACGCCUAAAGAAGCAAGUAGGUUAUAGCACCAUAGAGAUCAAUCAGAAAACCUAUAUGUUUAGCAUGGGUGACAAGUCUCAUCCUGAAACAAAUGCUAUCUAUAGGUAUUUAGAUGAAUUAAUGGGCCGUUGUAGUGAAUCAGGCUAUAUACCAGCACUGGAGUCCUUGAUGCAUGAUUUGGAAGAAGAAGAAAGGGAUUAUGCCCUUAGAUAUCAUAGUGAAAGGCUUGCCCUAGCGUUUGGUUUACUUAAAACCAAUCAAGGUGAGACUAUUAGGAUUGUAAAGAACCUUCGAAUAUGUGAGGAUUGUCAUUCAGCUAUUAAACACAUCUCUGUUAUUGCUGAUAGAGAAAUAAUUGUUAGGGAUAAAUUUCGUUUUCACCACUUCAAAGAUGGUGCAUGUUCUUGUCUUGAUUAUUGGUGAUAAUUUCAAUUCAUAA